UUUCCCUCAAAUAUUUCUCAUUAAUCUAAAAAUUCAUGAGCUUUUUGGCAGAAACUUACCUCUCCUUUCUAUGUAUCUUCGAUCCUCCACCACAUAUUUUAGGUAAAAUUAUCGGAGCGUCUUCCGGAAUCUCCUCGGAGUUUUUCUCCAUCUGGGAUCAUUUCUGACUCGGCAGCAUCUCGUCCUGUUUUCAUCUCCGUGUUUUCUUUUCUCUUCUGCAGUCUGGUUGCCUUCCUCUUUUCUGCUUUCUCAUCUGUUACGGUUUCACUUUUGGAGAUGAAACUGUCGGUGAGUGUCUGUGCGUAAAAGCGGCGCGCUCUCCGCUGCAUGACGCGCAGUCAGAGAAAGUAGGAAAACGACUCGGUGUCCGUCUUCUGCUCAGACCUGUUGGGUCACCAGAAACACGCCGGACUCCUCCGCCCGUUCGCGCAGUUGGGUUUUGUGGAUUUCCUCAGCGACCCUCAUGGAGGAUAACAUGUAUUUGUGCAACGCCAGUGCCAUAAAGGACUGGAGCUAUUUCCUGUCUAAGAUUUUGCCUCUGGUGAAUAAAACCACCGGCUUGGUGAACAUGGACAAACCGGAGGCGGUGACCGCCGCGGUGGUGACGUCUCUGCAGCCGGACGGGGCAGUAAGCAACCUGCCGCCAAACUCCGACCAGACCUCCGGGAUGGAGCACAUCUUCCAGUACUCCUACUCGGAGAACGACCUGCUGCUGACGGACUACCGGACGCCGGCCCGGGACUCCAUCCCGCUGCCCAAGGCGGUGCUCUACCUGGUGAUGGCCGCGCUGGUGGUGGUGGCGGUGGCGUACGCGAUAGUCGGACAUCUGGUCAAGGAUGUAGUGAACGACUUUGUUGGUGGAGGCCGGUCGAUUGUUGCUGAAGGCGACGGCGGCGAAGCCAGUGAGCCAGAUUGGGUGUUUGACCCGCCUCGAUCCUCUAACCGCAAAGAGAUGGAGAUCAGCUGCAUCACCAGAAACAUGCAUGAGAUGAGCGACCUGUCCGAGGGGCCGCGGCUGCUGGAGAUGGGUUACGUAUCGCUGAACCACACCAGCUGCCUGAACCUCAGCCGGCCGGAGGAAACCGUCUUCACUGUGGACGAAACCCUCCAGCGCCAUCUUCCCGACUCUCAGUCCGGGACUUAAACUUGUCUUCCUGUUGUUGUCCUGAGAGAAACAAAGCAGCAUUCUCCCUGUUUGGGGUGGAAUCACCAGUUGGUUGUGAGUGGAAGCUUUAAUCCUUUGCGGCAUCGCCUGCAGGACAGCAGUUGAAGCUGCGUGACGUUGCACCAUGUCGAUGUCGCCGGAUGCUGGUGUUUGUUUUAAUGGGACUCCUUCAUGUCAGGAUCAGUGAAGAGAAGCAGCACCAGUUUCAUUUGGGUUACAGAUGGACUGUCCCGCUGGCCCCCAUGUUUCAUCCCUGUCAUCAUGACCUUUUCAGUACCAAGCUUUAAUGUAUUACACUCUAUUCACAUUCAUCACCUGAAAUAUGCACCUCAGUUGCUCGGUAAAUUAGUGUUAACUUUACAUCAGACUGGUCUUUCUGUGCACAACGUUGUUAUUACUGAGGCAAAAAAUAUCCACCUUGAAAAGCCUUUUUGUAACGUCAUGCUAUUAGCUUGAUGUAAAAAAGUGCUAAGUCACCUCUGAGAGCUUUGUUCCACCCAAAUGCAAAAAAGCAGAAAAGCUUAGGCGACUGUUUUACCCCACUUUUAAGGGCUGCAUGCUGCUGCUGACACAAAAAACUAAAACCUGUGCAUGCUGUGAUCAUCCCCCCCAGUACAUAUGGCAGCUGUAAGGUAAAAUAUUAUAAAAAUACUGUUUCCACUGUUUCCUGUUAUGCAUAUUAACACCCAGUGAACAAAAAACCCUGAAAAAAUGUCAGUUUUUUACUUGAUGCUGUCAGUCACUGUAACCUUUUUCAGAUUUAUGAAUCAAUAAAGUUGUAGAUGAGA